CAUGCAUCACGCUCUUCCUGUUUUUUUGUGCCAAGUCCUUCCCGGUCCCCUCUUGAAGAGCAUCUGAAAUCAGGCUCCCGUGCUCAUCUCGCAAUUCUCUGCAGCUCUGAUCAUGUCUUCUGUGUAAGUGUCACAGCGCGUGACUGUUCGGUUUCGUUCGGGGCCGACGUGGAAUUGUUGAAUCGGGUAGGAGCUUGACUCUUGUCCGGGCGGUUUGACUUGCGGGUGGACUGGAGGGCAGAUCGAGCCUCCGACUCUGGCCUUCGACUCUCCCCGGCCGGACACUUGGCCUCGAGUUCGUGCAGAUCUAGAAUGCGCAUUGAUAAAUUGCGAAUCGGGAAGCUUUCUUGUAUUGACUGACAGCGCAGGCGGAGCGGGGCUAACAUACACUGGACCGGGAGUGGCAGGGAGGAGCAGGAUUGGACCAGGAUGAGGGAGUGGACUCUACAAGCUUCAUUCCGGAGUAUUGGAGGACUUGCGAUUGGAGCUGUGGUCCGAUGCACUUGUUCGCGCUUGAGGUAGCAGGAAGACACAGAAGAGAAUGGCGAUCGGAUUGAAAUAGCGAAGUUCUUGAUGGGUUUUGGCGAAGGGCGAGAACAGAAAUGUCAAUUGGAAUAGGCUGAGGGUUUCUGCAGAGAGAGGUCUUUUCUAUCCAGAAAUUUACCUGCGUAAGCUUCCGUCUCUUGGUAAUGCAGAGCGCUGGAAGAUGAGUUCUCUCUGCGAAAUAACGCUAGAGUGGGGGAAUCACAUCUGGUGACAGAAGCUGGAAGGUGGAAGGUGCCCUCAAUCGGUUAUUACCAACGCAGGGACCUCCAGCGCCUUUUUCUUCUUAGUAGGUUCUAUGAAAACCUGUAGAGAUUUAAAUCACGGGAAAAAAACAGAAGUGUUCAAUUUGAGGAUGGGAAACGCACGAGUAAGGUGCGGUUUUCUUGUCGUGACUGCAAUCGUCCUCAGCGUUUGCUAUGCACAGAAUUCAACGGACGCAGACAAUUUAAUCAACACCCUUGAGAGCCAGGUCAUGCAACUUUCGCGGAAUGCUGUGACCAAUUUCAUGAGCUCCUGCGAAUUACUGGCGUCAUGUCACGGUAACUGCAGCAGGCACGCUUGUACGCCAGUGCAGGCUGAUGAGGGCUAUGUCUGCAAAUUUGCUAACAACAACAAGUAUUGCUUUAACACGGAUGGCACUCUGGGGUGUCAAAAGAUUCGUUUCUCCUUGACAAAGAGCUUCGUCAGACUCAUGACACCUCCAAACAAUCUGACAUCUGAGGAAAAGGCGAUCAUUUGCUCUCAAAGAAUGUUGGAUGCUACUUUAAAAAACAUUUCAUUAUCUCCCACUACAAUAAAUUCGACACGUGCUUACUAUGCGGUUUACUUUGGUUCUAUAGAAGGCGUUCAACGAUACUUUCCUGGUCUCGUGCGUCCUCACUCUAAAAUUUCAGAAAUAAUUUUCUCAUAAAACUGCCACCGCAGUUCCUUAACCCAAUUCAAUUUUGAAUUGGUAUGUCCUCGUUCGAUUAAUCUCUGAAGUGUCGUGUGCUGCAAGAUUUUCCACCAGAAAACGGGUGCAAGUUUGAACCGCGAAAGCGGCCGUGGUGAGAUUCUUAGAUCCUCCAUCACUGGGAUUAUGCCUACAAAAACAAGCUUUAUUGGUCUUUGGAACAAGACCAAUUGUAUCCAUAUUUUAAUGCAAAUUUGGUCACUUUGGAAAAUAAUUUUCUCCCUUUUUUUCUUUUUUCCUUUUGCUUUUGCAACACUUCUUGAGUUUCUUAAUGCAACUUCUUAAUUUUUUAUUUCAAUUUGAAGUUUUGCAAAUUUGAAGUUUAUGCAAGAAGCCGUAGUUAUGGGAAUUUGCAACUGGCUUAAUUAUCACAACGAUGUUUCUCAAACAUUGCACACUGAAAUUUGAACUCAUAUCCUGGUCAUACACAUUGGAGCGACCUCAGUGGAGAAGGACGUGAUGGUGCUUCUUGAUGCUGGACAUUCCAUGGGCGACAAGCUUCCCAGCGACGUGUUGGACACUGCUGACAUGAGCAAGUUGAGUGGCUGUAUCUCAAUUGUGACAGAGCUUUCGGACACACUGGCUUAUGGCGAUCGUGUAACAGUUAUCACUUUCACAAGUUCUGGAGCAAAAAUCGUUCUUCCGACUAUAACAAUUACUGGCGAUGCCACUACCAUUCAGCCAUUGAAAACCGCACUACAAAAUAAUGUAUCAUUUGAUAAUGCGCAAGGCGGCUCUAAUUUGACAAAUGCAUUCAUUUUGGCGAAUCAAACGUUUGUAAGCGGCACUGCACUCAAGGUACGACCGCCAGAAGCUUGAGUUUUCAAAUCUAAUUGCGCAGGAAGUCGCUCACUGCUUGUCAAUUUUUUAUUUUUCCAUUUUAUGGGUGCAAACAUUGUGAUAGUUGAUCCCAUCGUGGAUGGUUUUUAAAAAUAUCUUCGUUCGCUCCCUGGCUUUAAAUUCGUGAAAAUCUUUCUUCAAUGUGCUAAUCACCAGCUUGAGACUGUGGUCCUGGCCGUGAGUAAGCAGGUCCCUGAGUUAUGAAAUUGUAAGGUCAUAUUGAUAAUCACCGACGGGCAAAUUAUGCCUGUGGAUUCAGGAACCAUGGCCAACACCAGAAAUGUCUUCGACUCCAUCCGAUCGAUCAACACUUUGGUUCAGAUUUUUAGUUUUGAUCGGGCGCCUCCCAAUGCACCGACCGGGUUACAAAAGAUUGCAUUUGACUGCUUUGGGACUUACGAGAAGAUAACAUUCGUGAAGGAUCCUCUCUGGACACUCCGGUCUUAGUUUGGUAUUCUGGCCAGACUGCGGCUUACUGCAACCAACAACAAGCCAUCUUAGACGGGAUCUAUCUGGAUGCUGGCGGUCAGGUGAAUGUAAUAACAGUGAUUUUCCCGGCUUUUGCUGACAAUUACACACUCAUCGGUGUUGCUGCCAUCGACGUUCUUCUUGAUUACCUGGGACCUGUUACACAAUAUGAUUUUACAACUGCCUUAAUAAAUCAUCGCAACACAGACGGGAUUUUCAACCUUGUGCCGCCACUACUUCCAUGUCCUUUUGCAUUGUCAACGGCAAAUCAAUGCCCGAAUGUCACAGCACCGGCAAAUGCGUUGUGUCCACAUACCGACACUAGUGGCCUUACUUAUCGGCAACGAAUUUGCGACUGCCCUGGAGUUUGUUUGGCCUCAGUAGAGGAUCGAAGCGCUAAUUCAUCGACGUUGCCUGCAUGGAAAUUGGCCGUUGGUAUCGCAAGUGGAGCUAUUCUGUUCAUUAUGUGUGCAAUAUUCGUGCGUAUGUUUGUGUUAAGGCAUAAGAUGUCAAGUGAUGAGGUGGAGCAGGAAGAAUUUUUGGGGUCGCUUCCCGGUCUUCCUCCAAGGUUCUCUUACAACGAGCUCGCAUUAGCAACCAACCACUUCAUGAAGGUCCUGGGCAAGGGCGGAUUUGGCACUGUCUACGAAGGGGAUCUGCCAGAUGGGAACAAGGUGGCAAUCAAGAGGCUUGGAGACUCUAAGCAGGGGCAGACGGAGUUAAGGGCCGAAGUAGCCACCAUCGGUGGAAUCAACCACCAUUGCCUGGUCCGCCUGUGGGGAUUCUGCUCCGAGGGUGCCCACAGGAUGUUAGUGUACGAAUGCAUGACAAAUGGUUCUCUGGAUCGAUGGUUGUUUGGCGACACCGUGCUGGAGUGGGCAGCUCGAUACCAAAUCGCCAUGGACACUGCCCAGGGGUUGUGCUACUUGCACAGAGAUUGCAGGCACAAGAUAAUCCACCUAGGUGUGAAGCCACAAAACAUCUUGCUGGAUGACCGCUUCCACGCCAAGGUGGCAGUUUUUGGCAUGUCAAAGCUGUUUGACAGGGACACGAGCCAAGUGGUGACGAGGAUGCGAGGCACGCCGGGGUACCUUGCCCCCGAGUGGCUCCUGCAGACGGGCAUCACCGAGAAGUGUGACGUGUGGAGCUACGGAAUGGUGCUCCUGGAGAUUCUGAGCGGGCGUCGAAAUGUUGAUGUUCAUGAGAGCCCUCAAAAGUGGUACCUCUCUGCCUGGGCAGUCCAGUGCAUGCAGGAGAAAUCCUGGCAUGAGAUUAUCGAUGUGCGAAUCCAAGGCUCCCUGACCCCAGAAGAUUGGGAGCACGUGAAGAGAGUGCUCAUGAUUGCGAUGUGGUGCAUCCAAGAUGCUCCGCACAUGAGGCCCUCCAUGGCCAAGGUGGUGCAGAUGUUGGAGGGCGUAGUGGACGUGGACCAUGCACCUCUGCAUUAUGAUUUCCUCCACAUGGUCAGUGGGGACGCACCGCCGGAUUCAUCGAUGACCUCCACCUAUACACGUAGCGCCUUCUCCAGUGUUACAGAGCUCAACGACGAUAGCUCAGAAUCGGAGGUUCUGAGGAGUUGAGCCUCUCUCCAAUGGUUCAUGCUUGCGUGCCUGUUGUGGGUCUGUACACUACAGGGGUUGAAGGAAAAGUAUAAAUGAAUAACAAUAGCAGUAUCAAAAGUAAUCAUCAUCCUCUUCGCGCUUGUACCGGCAUGCCCCUGGUGAGCUCGAGUCCAUCCGUCUCCCUCACGAAUACGCGCAUAUCGUGUCGUCUUGAUGAUGGUCUUACAAGCGACGUUGAGGAACGGGCUGGAUUGAUUCAAGGAAAGCCGGCUCGAAGAGGAUAGACUUUAGGAGCUUGAAUUCUUCGUCCGAGGUUUUGAAUCGUGGGUGGAGGGCGGUAAGGUCGACUUCCACUCUGUUCGUGCUUGCGCUCAGAGAUUAGCACAAUUGCAGUGGAGGGGCACUGUUUCUAUGUGUGGUUUUAGAAACCUGUUGUCAGUGUUGAAGAAGAGAGCAUUCAGCUUGCGUAGUUGCAUAGAAUCUUCUUCCGAUCUCGGACAAGCAGUGCAAUUGUAUCUCCGGAGGAUGUGGAAUUAUCGAUGAAGUCUCUGCAAUGUCAGAAGGAAGUUAGGUUUUUUUCUGUCGAGAUCAUUACCUAGCAACCCUAAUGAGCGCAUGGUCUCUGUUGCAUAGAUGCCCUGUGCCCUCAAGACAGGAAAAAGUCCAGCGCUUUAAAAGAAUGAUCAAUAGCAAUACUUGAUCUAAGAGUAGCUUGCCACUGUGUUGCAUUAGCCGGGAGUGUCCUGCACCUGGCUUUCAUUAGUACUUGUACCGUCAAGCGACUCAAUCACUUGACGUCCGAAUGAAUAUUUAUCCUGCUCCUGAAUCAGAGUCUUCCCAGCGCCGAGGGCAGGUUGCGUCUACAAUGUACUCAAGGUAUUGAUGCCUCUGCACAGGGAGAGGGUCAGAAGGUGAGUACCAAAAAUCUGGGCUGGAAUGUGUUUCACUUGCGAGAAUUGUUCUUGUCUGGCGUAAAGUGACAGUCCCCUCCUUCAAAUUAGCACUUAUUUAACGUCGUCACGCAACGGACAGAGUUUAUUAUCCUUGUGAUACUUAGUUGGGUAUCACAAGAAAUGCACAAAGAAUGAGGUAGAGACACCUAAACCUGCCAGAAUAUGAGGUUUCAUAUCUUGUGUGAAUGUUACAUGUGAUUAAAGUAUGAAUUUGUUUUGCAAAUGCAAGGAGAGGUUGAAAUUAGAAUUUUUGCAAUGAAGGAAUUUUUUCAUGAUUUUUUGAAGUAGGUGUUUGGUAUACACCUAUAUAAGGCCAUAGACUUACUAAAAAAACAUAUGAACUGUGGUAGCAUUGAAUUCAUGCAUGACAUUUGUCCCAAAUAAUGUCUCAUUUGUUCCAAACAUUAUGAAGUUUCUAAUAACUUCACAUUGACAGCCAAUUUGUUUUUGGUGAAAUAAUAGGAGGGAGGAAUGGGUAGUUGGUAUAAAAGGGUGUCUCUACCAUAUGUUAUAAACCUGUUGAAGCUCCUUGUCAUAAUGUUGUUCCAACGUUGGCAGCUUUGUCCAGUUUGUGAGUAGGUGCCAAGGACUGAUGCCAUCAACUGAAUGGAUGAAAAUUUGCAGAAUAUCUUGGAUGAGGAUGCAAUCUAGUUUGGGUGUACAUAUGUACUUAGUACACAAGUAUAAGUAUAUAGCCUUAGUAUUAAUAUAUCCUUCACAAGUGGCUAGUGAUUACUAAUAAAGUAUCAAUAAGAGAAAUAUAAUGUAUCAAGAUGGACAACUUGCAAGGUCAUCAAAGCAUGCCACUUGUCGUGGACACCCUCCUUCUCUUGAGCUUGUAAGCUCUUCAAUCUAGACUUAGAAAACUCAUCAAUACAUUGACAUUUAAUCGGCAGUUUUGUGUACAAUUUGAUUCACAUCUUUUAAUCCACUGUUGUUUAGUGCCCCAA